GGCCCUGACACUGCCUAUGCGAAGAAAAAGAGCCUAUGAGAGGUUUGGGUUUGGCGCGAAUAGCGGCGAUUGGCUGGGAGGAGGCGGAGCGCGCACUCCGGGGAACCAAUGGGAGAGCUCGAGCGGGCGGCUAGCGCGCGCGCGCGCUCCGGCAGAUGCAAUUGUCAUUCAGGAGGAAGGAGACAGCGAAGAGUUUGUUUGGCGCGGUUUCUCCGAGAGGGAGGCUGAGGAAGACUUAAUUGGAAUUAAAAGUUCCAGGACUGAAAGUAUCCACCAUGCCUAAUACCAGAUCUAAGUCCCAACCCCAGAAACAGAAUAAAAUUGACUUUCCUAAGCGGAAAUCAACUAGGACCCUUUGCCAGACUCUGGUUAAAGAAGAGGGUUCAAAGUUGGAUUCAGUCCCAGCCUCACCACUCUCUUCUAAAAAGCAAGUCUUGCCUCUUAGCCCUCGCAAGCGUCUUGGAGAUGAAAAUCUCUGCAAUGUAACGCAGUUGCUGCCUUGCUCCCCAUCUAAGCAGAGUAAAAAAGAAAACAUCUUUCUACCCAGUUCUCCAAAGGGACGAACUUUACUGUUCAAUGAGCAUUCGGCCCUCAAAUCUCCAACCAGGUCUACCAAUGCAGUUCCCUCUCCCCUCCGCAGAACUGAAGAGACUCCAACUUCUUUGCAACAUCACUACCCUAAGAAAGAGCUGGUGUGUACUCGUCUUUUUAAGCAAGAAGGCAGCUGUUAUCAACAGGCAAAGAGUCUCUUGCAUACAGCUGUUCCAGAUCAGCUGCAUGCCAGAGAGAAAGAGACAGGUGUUCUCCACCGCUUCCUCCAGGUACAUGUCUGUAAGGAGAAACCUGGAAGCCUUUAUAUCUCUGGUGCUCCCGGGACUGGGAAAAGCGCUUGCCUGAAGAGGGCUCUGCUGGACUUGAAGACUGAACUCAUGGGCAUUAAGACCAUUGUUUUAAACUGCAUGGCCUUGAGGAGCUCCCACGCUGUCUUCCCAGCCAUUGCUGAGCAAUUGGACCAGACUGGAGCCGACAGAGCAGCUAGGAGUGAUGUCAUCAGAAAGCUGGAGAAGAGGCUGACGUCAAAAGGCGCCCCUAUGGUUUUAGUUGUUUUAGAUGAGAUGGACCAACUGGACAGCAAGGGACAGGAUGUUCUCUAUACAGUAUUUGAAUGGCCUUCUCUACCCAACUCCCGCCUUGUUCUCAUUGGCAUAGCCAAUGCCUUGGAUCUCACGGAUCGCAUCCUGCCCCGCUUACAAACCCGCCCAAAGUGCAAACCCCAACUGCUAAAUUUCCCCCCUUAUAGCAAAGAUCAGCUUGCUGCUAUCCUUCAGGAGCGCUUGAAGCAGGUGUCAGGGGAGCAGGUGCUGGACAACGCCGCCAUCCAGUUCUGCGCUCGGAAAGUCUCUUCCAUCUCUGGGGAUGCCCGCAAAGCUCUGGAUAUCUGCAGGAGGGCCAUUGAGGUUGUGGAAUCUGAUGUGACGAGCCAAACUGUGCUGAAAGUCCCGUCUGCCUGCAAAUCCCAUUCUAAACCAGCCACAGAGUUGUCCGUCCCCAAACGUGUGGGAUUGCUCCAUGUCUCCCGUGUGAUCUCUGAGGUGUAUGGCGAUCGAAUGGCAGCUAACAACACCUGUGGUGAUGCCGAUUCCUUCCCCUUGCAACAGAAAAUCUUGGUCUGUUCUCUGCUGCUCUUAGCCAAGCAUCAGAAAUCCAAAGAAGUGACUCUCGGAAAGCUGCAUGAAGCUUACAGCAAAAUCUGCCGAAAGCAGCAAAUGGGAGCUGUUGACCAGUCAGAGUGCCUUUCACUCUCAGGCCUCUUGGAAGCCAGGGGUAUUGUGGGGCUGAAGAAGGCUAAAGAAGCCCGACUGACAAAGGUCUUCCUAAAGAUCCAAGAGAGGGACAUAGAGCAUGCUCUCAAAGAUAAGAUCUUGGUUGGAAGUAUCUUGUCUGCAGGCCUUUAGACUGGAUCCCGAACUUCUUUUGUGCAGCGGAUGAUCCUAACAGUAUAAUUUCUUAAAUAAAAGUUUCCUUUGACCAUAUCACUGGUGGAAUAAACUCCAGUUACUAGGACUUUUAAAACGGUACCCAUAAAUGUGUGCUGUCAUGAUUGUUGGUGGUUUGUCCCUAAACUGUUCAAUGUUCCAAUAACAAAUAACAGCCUUUAGAAGGGUGGAAGGAUGCCAGUAAUGCUUAGGAGGUGGGCUUUCAUGCUUCUUCAGCACAUCACCCUGCAUUAGCCCCUUGACUCCUUUUUGGAUUUCAGAACUAUCUUCCUCUUCAGUUCCCCCCCAAAGUUUCCAUCCUUUUCCUCUGCUGUCGCCCUAGCCUUCUGUAUACAAACUGGAACUGCUUGUGUCACUCCUGGGAUGUCUUUGCCUGUCUGUCUUCAAUACUGGAGAUGAAAGAGGAUGAAGGCUGUCGGCAAGAGAGCCCAUUUGCAGAAACAAAACCAUUAACGUCACAGGAGGAAAUAAGAAGGCCGCAGCUUCUCUUGUGAGCUCCUUUGAAGUCAGACUGUUUCCGUGAAACAGAUGUCACUCAUACUGAGGCUUAGCAUCGCAAGAGCUGCAGUGGGGCUUAGCAGGACACACCACACACACAUGCACACACCCCAAGGGCUCUGAGCAUCUUAGCGUUUAUGAACUGUGGAUACAGCCUUUGCGCUAGAACUGGUUUAUCCCAGGGCACAGUGCUGAUCUGUUUCAUUUCCAAGCCACUUCAUGCAAAGAGCUGAUUGGUUUUCUACCUUUGUGUGAAUCUUUAAAAUCCUUACUAAGCACACAGGGGUGACCUUUGUGUCUACCGUGCAGAUAUGUAUAUGUUACAGGACCAUUAAAAAAACCUCAAAAAAUUCCUUUCACGUUUGAAGUGCUGCAUGCUUUCCUACUUUGGAUUGGCUUUCAGCCUCAUGAGAAGGGAGAUGAAUCAGGCUGAUGAAUGCAUUUUGAAAUCUGUACAGCUGGAUGUUUUUAACUCUCAGAGUAUUGACAUAAUUGAAUUGGAUUUUUCUCUGACUUAUACAUUAAAAUAAUCUGGUUUUGA